CUGAUUUUAGUCAGUGAAAAACAACUGAUCUUAAUAAAACCAAUGAGACUUACAUUUUUGCUUCAACAUACAAUUCUGGUUGCACGAUUAACAAUAUUACCAAAUUCACUUUUUUUAGAAAUCAACUUAAAAAUUAUUAUAAUUUGUGGUUUAAAGUAUUUUCCUUGUUUGAUUCAAUCAAUUGUUUUAAGUGAUAAUCUUUGAAAAGACGUUAUUUUUGAAAUUGUCUGCUGCCAACGAAAGACUGAGAUCCAAUCCUUUUUUUAAGUAUCUGUAAUAUCUCUAGUCCAUUCCUGAUCUUUCUUAACUGUACAUCGAUUAAUUAUGGAAAGCAAAGAGCAAGCAGUUAACUUGGAUGGCCUUAUCAAGCAAUUGCGUGAAAUAUUUGACAAUGACAAAGUUGAUAUUGACCAGGUUAAGCAAUUAAUGUCCACACAUCGAAGUAAUCCAAAAGAAUGGCGAAAAUAUGCUCAUUUUGAUCGCCACAGAUAUACGCGUAAUUUGAUUGAUACUGGUAAUGGCAAAUACAACCUUAUCCUUAUUUGCUGGUCUCCUGGUCAAGGAAGCGGAAUUCAUGAUCAUGCCAAUUCUCACUGUUUCAUGAAGAUGAUGUCUGGUUCACUUCUUGAGACUCAAUUUGCGUGGCCUGAGAAUAGCGAAAUAGAUCCCGAAACUCAUUUCGAUGAAGGAAGUGAGCUCAAAGCUAUAUCAAAAACAACUUUCAAAUGUGAUCAAGUAGCUUACAUUAAUGAUACAAUUGGUCUUCACCGUGUGGAAAAUCCAAGCCAUGUGGAACCAGCUGUUAGUCUUCAUCUUUACGCACCAGCGAUAAACAAAUGUCAUGUUUAUGAUCAAAGAACUGGUAAAAGUACCUUAGUUUCAUGUACAUUCUUCAGUGAAAGCGGUGUACGGACUCCGUACAAGGUUACCGAGAAGAAAGGAUUCUUGACUUUUGAAAGCAAAGUCAAAAACGAUGAACAACAUAUUAUCGAUACUAAUGGAUCGUCCAAAACUUCAAUCAUUCCAGCCUGAUUAUUGAUGUAACCUGUGAAUCGAUCAGGAAAUGUAGACAUUUCAAGCAAUUUAAAACAUUUGUUUGGUUACUGAUUUAUAUUUUUAAAAACUGCAUUUUAUUAUAGUAACACUUUGAUGAGUCUAUUUUGCGGAAUCAACAAUUUUAUCUGAUGAUUAACAAUGUCAUUAAACUGGCGAUACUCAUGAAAAGAGUUCACCUCAAUUAAACAUAAUCUCAUUAAUUGAUUA